AUGCCUUGCUGCCGUACAUCCUAUUCCCCUCCACUCUCACACCGUAGACUAGCCACUGCUCCUUUCACCCUUUCAUCCUCUUAUCUACCCGCCCACCUCCCGUCCAGCGCCCUCUCACCACCCACCUACAACCCAGCCACAGCUCAGCCACAGCCCAGCCACCCACCCACCCACACUGCACUUCCACCCCCUGACCCGCCCGGUGCUGGCUUGUGUGGGAGGGCUGAGAGGCGAGUCUUCCUGAGUGUUCCCGCGUGCUCCUGUCCCCUGCGCCUCUCCUGCUCCGGCCCGCCCCCCGCCUCGCUGCUCGCCGAUACGGUACAAGAUUCAAAGGUUCAAGUAACUCAAAGGUUCAGAGCGGGGGAGGAGGGGAAUCAGAGCCGGCGGAAGGGGGAGGGUGUUCUGACCAGCGAGUGUCACGGCGGCGGCCAAUCCCAUCUGACCUCUGAGGGCACGCGUGGUGGACACCUGGCCGGCCCGCCCCUCGCUCCACCCAUCACUGCCCACACCUUGCCGCCCCACCACCCCUCACUGCCCAGCCUCGCCUCCCUGUCCCCUCACCACCCCUUACUGCUCCUACCUCGCCUCCCUGCCCCCUCACUCCUUCCAUCAUUGCCCCCUAUUCUCUGCCAGACCCCCCAAAUUACCAGCUUAACACCCCCGUCCCCCUUCCUGGUCAAGCCACUGCCCACACCUUGCCUCCUCCUUCUCUCCCUCCCUCCCUCCCUGCCGUCCGUCACUGCCCCCUGCCUUCAGUUCCUGGUCACUGCAUGCACCGCCCGCCGCACUACACCGCCCCGAGCCCUGUGUGCCGCGCCCCGCCCUGACCCGCCGCAGAUAAAGCACUACCCAGCCAGCAGGAGGCGUCAGAAGCCCACCAAGGCACCGCAGGGCCACACGGGCGGGUCUUACCGGUGUUCGGACGUCGCCUGCAUGAAGAACUGCUCUCAGAUUUGCAUAGUUUAA